GACUCCCACGACUCCCGUGCGCCGUCGCACUCUUCGGUGACUUCAGAGUUCAGUCAGUUCAGUUCCUCUCCGCGUCUCGACACGAGCGUUUUGAUCCCGUGAGUUGGUGUGUCGCUGCUUCGGCUUCCUCCUUUCCUGCGUCAAACUGCGAGCCAUCGUUGCGUCGACAAGUUGAGAGAGUUUUUUUUAAGUGCUUCGCCUCUCCCGCAUCCGCAACCGACGCUACGGGAACAUCAUGGCUGAGAGCAAGGGCGCGUUAAUCGCGAAAACAGUGCAGAAACACGCGGGCAGAGCGAAAGAGAAGUUUCUUCAGAAUCUGGGCAAGGUUGAUCGAACCGCGGACGAUAUAUUCGACGAGCACCUGCAGAACUUCACAAGGCAGCAGAACUCCGCCAACAGACUGCAAAAGGAGUUCAACAAUUACAUCAGGUGUGUUCGAGCGGUGCAGGCCGCUUCAAAGACGCUCAUGGACUCGUUGAAUGAGAUCUACGAGAGUCAGUGGACCGGACACGAUCUGUUGUACGUGCAGGCACAAAGUCUUGACAUGCUGUGGCAAGAUUUCACUCACAAACUUGCGGACCAGGUUCUUGUACCACUCAAUACGUAUCAAAGUCAAUUCCCAGAGAUGAGGAAAAAGGUCGACAAACGCGGACGCAAACUGGUGGAUUACGACAGUCAGAGACACAACUUCCAGUCGUUGCAGGGUAAUCCAAAGAAGAGGGAUGAGCUCAAAGUGUCCCGGGGGAAGGAAUUGUUAGAAGAAGCAAAACGUACAUACGAACAAUUAAACUCCGAGCUGCACGACGAACUGCCAGCAUUAUACGACUCGCGCGUUCUUUUCCUCGUUACAAAUUUGCAGACCCUCUUCGCCGCAGAACAAGUGUUUCAUACUGAAAGUUCCAAGGUAUAUUCUGAAUUAGAAGCAAUUGUUGAUAAAUUGGCUAACGAAAGUCAGCGAGGAUCUUACACGUUGAAGAAGAAUACGGAACCGCAAUCACCGAAGUCACCCAACGCGAAUUCGUCCCUAAUAAUUAACACGCAGCCGGCGCAGAACAAUAUCUCAGGAGCUUUAGAUGAUACCGCGCCCGUUGCCAGAGACACGUCGCCGACCACCCAGAUAAACGGCAACGCUAACAGCAACGCUAAUAGCAACGCUAAUAGCAAUGAUAACUCUCUCAAUAAUCAGGAUGCGUCGCCGCAGAACGCAGUCGCGCCUUCUAAACGAGUCGAGGAACUGUAUGAUAUUCCAGUUGGCAGAUCCAUGACUAACGGGGCGGACUCAAUCGUUCUAGAGGCGGAAUAUGAAAAUGCUGCUAAUUUCUCUACAGGGGCGACAACAGACAAUCUGCCGCCGGGUGUUUUAUACAGGGUUAAAGCCACUUACAAGUACAGUCGUGAGGAUGUGGACGAGUUAUCGUUCGACGUUGGCGAGAUUAUUCGCGUGGUGGAAUACGACGAUCCUGAAGAACAGGAAGAAGGCUGGUUAAUGGGUAUCAAAGAAGGAACCAAUGAAAAGGGUAUGUUCCCGGGAAACUUCACGAAACCGCUGUGAAAGCUGUGCUCGAUUCGCCAUUUACACUCCAAUGCUCAUCAGAGACAGCGUAUUUUACUUUAAAGUAGUUAAAGAAUCGCGUAAUUAAGUGGGAGAUAAAGAGCCGCGCGGUCAUGCGAGAAUAAUAUUACGUACGGCGUAUAUAAGUAAAAGCAAAGGGAAAGGACAAAAGCAGGCGACAAGGUUGCAGGAGGAAUAUGGAGAGGGAGCGGGGAGAAUUCGAUAAGAUAGUUAUGCUGGAGGGUACUGCGGAGAGAAUCAAUCACCCCAAAGUGCCUUAACCCAGCCACUGUCUGUGCCAACAUUCACUCUUAUUCGUCAAAAAAAUAUGGGAUUGACCUUCUCAUAUCAAACGUACGAUACACAUCAUGAAUAAUAAUCAAACGACAUAUUUAAGCGACUAAAUAAUAUAUUGUAACACGUAUACACAAUAAAAAACACACACCGCACAUACAUGCGAUAUACACUAC